CAAUAAACUUUUAAAAUUAACGAAAGCUGUUGUCUGAAGUAAAAAAAUGAGGCAAAUUUUGUUUAUUUGCUUAAGGGAUAAACAAAGUAGAUAAGGUAUAAGCAACACGAAAUAGGUGUUGUGUUAUGCUGUGUGCAUCUACUCUAGGAGGCUAUGUUGUCGUCUUUUUGUUUGAACUUUCCUUGCGCUGUACAAGGAACUAUAUUUUCUCAGAGGAAACAAUUAUCUCAUGGAUGCACAAACCAAAAUUCAAAGGAUUAUUACCUAAUGCAGGAUAGUUCCAUGUUGCGUUCUGAAAAAUCAUUGAGGAGAACACUCUUCCUUUCUGUCUUGGUCUCAACUGGUUUUUUCCCAACUUUGUAUUCUUAUGCAAAGACAAAGAGUAAGAAUCCUUAUGAUGAAAAACGAUUGCUAAAACAAAAUCAGCGGAUACAGAAGGAAAACAAUGCGCCAGAGGACUUCCCAAAUUUUAUUAGAGAAGGUUUUGAAGUUAAAAUAGUAUCUUCAGAGAACUAUGUAAAGAGUAACUCGGGACUCAUAUACCGGGAUUUUGUAGUUGGUCAAGGUGAUUGCCCAAAGGAUGGUCAGCAGGUCACUUUUCACUACAUUGGUUAUAACGAAUCUGGUCGUCGAAUUGACAGCACUUACUUGCAGGGUACUCCUGCCAAAAUCCGCAUGGGUACCAAGGCAUUAGUUCCAGGAUUUGAGGAGGGAAUCAGAGACAUGAGACCAGGUGGGAAGAGAAGAAUCAUCAUCCCCCCUGAACUUGGACCACCAGUAGGACCUUCAACCUUUUUCAGCUCAAAACAGUUUGAAGUUUUUGAUGUGGAGCUAUUAAGCGUGCAAAAUUGUGAAAGGAGGACCGUAGCCUUUUACUCAGAUGUAAUUUGCAAUUGAGAGAAGGCUGCCAUUUGAGUUGUCUAAAUCAUGACCACUGAAGGCAUAAAGCACAGAUUAUUCUAGUUAGGAACUUAUUUAUGAUUGUACUAUAUAGAGAUAGCAACACACAACCUUUUAGCUUUUUUCUUUGAGGCAAUCAUAAUCUAACAUUGUUAAGAUUUUUCUCUAUUUUCUGUGAUUCACUUUGGCCAGUAUUUUCUUUUGCUCUGGUUUGUAAGUUGUUAACCUUGUCAAUCAUAAAAAAGGACUACAAACAUACAAUAUUCAUUGGUAAAUGGAUAAACAGUUUUUCA